AUGGAAGGCAAUAAAUUUAAUGAAACUGAUUUGUCUGUGUUAAUUCAAUUUGGAGAUGAAUCUUCUGAAAUAAUUACUGAUGAAUGUGCUGGUGGAUUGACUCAAUUAUUGCUUUGUGCUGGCGAAAUUUAUUAUGGACAAUUCGUCUUACUUGGCUAUAACGGUGCUGAAUUAACUGGAGAACAGAAGAAUCAUGCAAAUAAUCGAAAAAAUUUUUCCAAAAUGUUUUUCAAACGCCGUUUGGAGCCGAAUGGAAUAAAGAAAGGUUCAGUCACUAAAUUGAGUGGAACUGCUGCAGCUAACAAAGCAAAUGCUUUGCGUGAUUCUAAUAGACAUACAGUGGCUUUUGGUUAUGGAAAGAAUGGAACUGUUGUUGUAGAAUAUUUGUUAGACCCUACCAAGGAUAUGUUUCAGAUUGGCCGUUCUUCAGAAGAACAAAUAGACUUUACAAUAGUUGAUACAUGGCUAGCUUCGGGUAAUGGACAUCCUUCUCCUUGUUGUGGUGGACAUAAUAAAAGCCGUCAUUCAAGUCACCGAGAAGAACAUUCCGAACAAAAAACAAUUAGUUCAACAAUAUCUCGCUAUGCUUGUCGUAUUUUGGCUGAAAGGGACAAACCUCACAGAGUUCAAAUUUUUGCUGCUGGUUUUGACUCUUCUCGUAAUAUUUUUCUUGGAGAAAAAGCUACCAAAUGGCAAAAGAAAAAUGGGGAAUUUGAUGGAUUAACUACAAAUGGUGUGCUUAUAUUACAUCCAAAUUGGUGUAACGGGGAAGAACUUUCGGACGAUACAGGGGAAAUGUACAUUUGGAGAGAAGUCUCGGUAGAUGGAGAUAUUUACACUUUGCGUUCAGCUCGAUCUUCAACUCAACGUGGUGCUCUAGUUUUGGGUGAAACCAAUGAACUUCAGGUUGAUUUGGAAAAAUAUUCUAAUUACUUUGUUUAUUGCCUGGGCAAGGGUUCAUCUAGAAGGGAGCUGAUGUUAAGGGGAUACGUUCUCUGGAUGGACGGUACUCUAAUCGAUCUUUGUGGCGCAACACUUUUGUGGCGUUCUGCUGAAGGUUUAAAACAAAGUCCAUCAAAAGUCGAAUUAGAACAUAGACUUGACGAACUCAAUGCUGGCAAACCUCAAUGUCCAGUCAAUUUAAAUACUCUGGUUAUUCCAAGAAAGCGACACAGCAAAAGUAGCAGUAGUUCUAAACAGCCUUAUGUCUAUUUCCGUUGUGGACAUGUUCAAGGAAAACACAAUUGGGGAGUUCAAAAGAAUGGCUCUGCCGUAACAUUUCGUUGUCCAAUAUGCCUCGUCGACUCAGAACGUGUUGCUCAAUUAACAAUGGGCAUGGAAUCAGCCUUUCAUCUUGACUCGGGUCUUUUGGAAUAUUCAUUUAAUCCGUGUGGACAUAUGGCUAGUAAAAGGACUGUUCGUUAUUGGUCUCGUAUAACAAUGCCUCAUGGCACCAAUUCAUUCCAUCCAGUAUGUCCAUUCUGUACAUCUCUACUUACUAUAGACAAGCCAUUUGUUCGAUUGAUUUUUCAGGAUCAUUGCUAUGAAAAUUGA